CCAAAGAGGAGACAGAGAGAGGAAGAGAAAGAGAAAGUGAAGGGAGAGGACUAAAGAAGAAGGGUACGACAGCAAGAGAGGGUUUGUGCAUCCAGUGGGUACCAGAGAUGAGAGAGACAGAAGGAGAGAGCGAGCGAGAGAAAUAGAAAUGUGAGAGAGAGAAAGAGAGAGAGGCUGAAUGCACACUCGGCUGCAUCUGAGAUCUAACACAGCCAUCCUCCUGUAACUCGAGAUCGAGACAAGUGAAAGAGGGGAGGAGAGAGAAAGGGUAAGAGAUGGAUAGGGCAAGCAUAGGAUCCUACUAGAGGGAAUAACGUAAGGUGUGCAGAUGGACAGAGAAGGAGGAGCAGGCGAGACGUGGAGCCGGCUACUACCUCAACUGAAUGCCCAGGGAGGAGUGAAGGACGCUUAGAACACCACAGCAAGCUUGACGGUGUCCUACCUGAAGGUGUGACCAACGUCUACUGUCUGUGACUCUCCUGGCCACCAUCCCAGAUCCACCAUCCAUCCUUUCUCUCUGAACAAGGACAACCUACACCACAGGACGACCUACAUAACCACCAUCACUUAGAGGGGAACGUCCAGAACUACAUUACCCAGAAAUCCCCCAGAACUCCGUUAACCAGAAGCCCAUCCAGAACCCCAUUACCCAGCAGCAACAUGCAAACCCCUGCCUCCAUGGUGAUGGGCAUCGUGUUCGCCCCUCUGGGCCUGGUGCUGGUCUUCAUGGCAGCCAUCACGCCCCAGUGGAGGGAGGGGCAGACCCAGCUGGUGGGCGUGGCUGGGGCUGAGCCCCGCCUCCUCCUGCGCACCGAUGGCCUAUGGGAGAGCUGCUUGCAGGUGGCCCACUCGGAGCUGAAGCAGUGCUGGCCAGUAGAAGGCGCCUACCAGAGCGACCCACAGGUGAGGCUGGCGCAAGGCCUUGUGCUCAGCUCCUUGUUCCUUUGUGGUGCGGGCAUCAUGCUGGCCAGUGUGGGGGUGAGGUGCUGGACCGACCUGCCCCUGAGAAGCGUGGCGGUGGCCGGAGGCCUGCUAGUGGUGCUGUCAGGCCUGCUGAGUUUAACCGCACUGGGGGUGUACACACACAACCUGGGAAUACUGGGGAUGGAGCAGACACCCCCCCACAGACCUCAUCAUAGGCUGCCCCAGCUCACUCUGCACCCGGCCGGGUCGCUCUACUUCGGCUGGGUGGGGGGAUGUGUACAGGUGCUGGGGGGGAUGGCUCUGCUGCUCAGCUUCAAGAUUCGGCCCAGAUGUCCUUCCUUUACCGCCUGCUCACAGCUGAAGAACAAGCAGGACACAGAGGUGUACGACGUCAGCUGCUAGUGGGGACUGGGGGAGAGUUACUGUGUGUGAAGAUGAUGGUCUUUGACUAAAUUUGAUUUACCCUUAACACUACUGAGCCAAGCCAAGGCAAACUGAGCUGUACUGCAAUUGCUUGGUGUAUUUCCACCAUAGUUGCUGGAACAAUGCUGGAAAUGACAUUGUGAAAAUAAAAUAUCUAAGCCAAUAUAGUAAGGUUCAGGUCGACACCAGGGGCAGACUGGGACCAGUAAUUUGCCCUGGCAUUUCUAACACACUGGCCACUGUUUUCCUCAAGGCCCCCACUCCGGACAAUUUUUUCAUUGAGGCCCCCAUUGUUAGCCAAAUAAUGAUCAAUUUGUGCAAAAAACCCAAGUUAGAAAGGCAUACUGGUCUAAACAUUUACCAGCCCAUCUGGCAUUUGCCCGAAAAGCCAGAUGGCCAUUCCGCCCCUGGUCAACACAAUAGUAUGAAAAUUGGUAUUUGUGGAUGGUUUGGGUUCAGUAGUGGGAGUCUUUUGUUAGAUUGGCACUAACGUAUAACUGAGAGUGUGUGAAGGAUGAUGAACUUUAACUUUUGUAAAGGAAGCUGUAUGGCACUGUUGUAUUUUACUUGGAUAUGCUAACUUUAGAAAAGUAUCCAUGUUGCCUUUAACUACAAAAAGGUAAAUAGCUGUCACAAAUCAAGGUUUUGAUGUCAGCCUUGUAGAUAGUUGUAGUAGGUCGUACACAAUAUUUGAACAUGCAGUAGACCCUACUACUUCUUUAUCAAACUGAAUGUAUAUGAUUUAGGGAGAAUCUUAGAUCUAAGGGCAUAUUUAGGACAUAAGCUUCAGAAGCAGUGUUAGUUGUUGACUAUUUUUGCAAUACCUCAAUACAUAAUUAAGUCACGAUUUGUAUAGAAGUUUAAGCCAGGCAUCCAUUACAGAUGCCAAGUCCUAUUGAUAACUGUGAUUAUUUUAUCAAGAUGUUUAUACUGUUUGUAGUGUAGAGAUAACAUAAGGUGAAAAUAUAUUAUUUGUAUGUCCUUUGGAACUGUAUAAUAGUUGUCAGUAUGUAAUGUAUUACUACUAUGAUUCUACUUUGAAUAAACAGGUUUGU